AUGCCUCAAUUGCCUUCUCCUGGGGAAGAGGAAGGAGACGGACCGUAUGUCCACCACGAGUAUGAGGAGUCUGAAAAGAGCAACAGUGGUGCUACACUCCUGGAAGAGGAAGAGAAAAUUGAAGAGAGGGUGGGCUCGCUUGUUCGACAGCUGACCAGACACUCGACUCGAUACUCCGUCAGCGGCAAUCUUGAGAACCCAUUCACCAGCGACAAUACCGACUCAGCUGUCAACCCCAACAGUCCCAAUUUCAGUAAGGACGUUUUGAACAGUCUAUUUGAGAUUGGAACCAUGAUACGACGCCUGCUUGGUUCAAAGCUCCAGAAGAUUCAAAUUCUUCGCGAGUUCGACGGCCUUGUGAAAAGUGGAGAGAUGCUUGUUGUGCUGGGAAAGCCUGGCUCUGGAUGUUCCACUCUUCUCAAAACAAUCGCUGGCGAAAUGAGCGGCAUCUCAAUGUCUGAGGAGUCUGUGUUAAACUAUGAAGGUGAAUUGAUUCUAAUCAGCAAUUCUACGCCAUACACUGACCUCUUCGACUCUUUAGGAAUAUCGGCAGAGCAAAUGCAGAAGAACUUCAAAGGGGAAGCUAUCUACUCAGCUGAGACGGAAGUUCACUUUCCACAAUUAAGCGUGGGAGACACCCUCAUGUUCGCUGCCCUGGCUCGAGCCCCCCACAACCGCUUCGAUGGGAUAAGUACCCAACAAUACGCUGAACAUAUGCGAGAUGUCGUAAUGGCAAUGCUCGGCCUGUCUCACACUGUGAACACGCGCGUUGGAAAUGAUUUUAUUCGCGGCGUCAGUGGUGGUGAACGAAAACGCGUCAGUAUUGCGGAGAUCACAUUGAGUCAGAGUCCAUUGCAGUGCUGGGACAACAGCACUCGCGGCCUUGACAGUGCCAACGCCCUUGAAUUUUGCAAAAAUCUGGCCCUGAUGAGCAAAUACUCAGGUACGGCUGCGUGCGUCGCGAUUUAUCAAGCCUCUCAAUCCGCGUAUGACGUUUUUGACAAAGUCACUUUGCUUUAUGAGGGCCGCCAAAUUUACUUUGGGCCUGCAACGGAAGCAAAGCAAUACUUUGUGGAUAUGGGAUUUGAUUGCCCUAGUCGCCAAACAACUGCCGACUUUCUCACAUCCAUCACAAGUCCUUCGGAAAGACAGGUUCGUCCAGAGUUCAAAGGUCGCGUACCACAGACACCGGAUGAACUUGCAGCAGCCUGGAAAUCGAGUCCUGCGCGUGCGAAGCUUCUAAAAGAGAUAGAAGAAUACGAGGGUGAGCAUCCAAUUGGUGGUGACUCUUACGGUAAAUUUGUCAACGCCCACCGAACUAUUCAGGCAAAGCAUCAGCGCUCUGGAUCUCCCUACACUAUCUCGUUGAGAAAGCAGUUCGAAAUAUGUACCGUACGGGGGUUUCAACGUCUACGGGCUGAUGCCAGCUUAACCCUAACUUCACUUUUUGGCAACGGAAGCCUAGCUUUGAUCUUGGGUUCAAUCUUCUAUCGGCUACCUAACGACACUCAGAGCUUUUACAGCCGCGGUGCUCUACUCUUCUUCGCCGUUCUGCUCAAUGCCUUCUCCAGCGCGUUGGAGAUUCUCACACUUUAUGCUCAACGACCAAUCGUUGAAAAGCAGUCAAGAUUCGCGUUUUAUCACCCCUGUGCUGAAGCGGUUGCAUCAAUGCUUUGUGACGUGCCUUACAAACUUAUCAAUUCGGUUACCUUCAACAUACCUCUCUACUUCAUGACGAACCUCCGUCAAGAGCCCGGAGCUUUCUUCACGUUCUGGCUGUUCUCCAUCGCUACUACGUUUACAAUGUCUAUGAUCUUCCGUACGAUUGCGGCCACCUCGCGAAACCUCAGUCAGGCUUUGGUCCCUGCUGCGAUUCUGAUACUGGGGCUAGUGGUGUAUACGGGCUUCGUUAUACCUACUACUAACAUGCUUGGCUGGUCGAGGUGGAUGAAUUAUAUCAACCCGAUUGCUUAUGCAUUUGAAAGUUUCAUGGUCAAUGAGUUUCAUGGCCGGUCAUUUCCAUGUGCAGCAAUCGUGCCUUCUGGCGGCGUCUAUGAUGGUCUCUCAAUGGAAAAUAGAAUCUGCUCUACUGUCGGGGCAUUGUCUGGAUCUUCAGAGGUCUCUGGAUCUCUCUACAUCGAGCUGAGCUACCAAUAUUCAAAGGCGCACCUAUGGCGAAAUUUCGGCAUAUUGGUUGCUUUUAUGGUGUUCUUCAUGGCUACCUAUCUCAUCGGUACUGAGUACAUCUCUGAAUCAAAGUCCAAGGGUGAGGUUCUGCUGUUUCGUCAAGGACAUCAACCGAAGUAUGUUGGUGGAGAGCCAGACGCCGAAUCGUCCCCCAUGCCUAAUACGAAUGAAAAGACCGACGAAACAAACCCUGAAUCCCCGGCUAUUCAGCGUCAGACAGCUAUUUUUCAGUGGGAGGAUGUUUGCUAUGAUAUCAAAAUCAAAGGCGAGCCUCGGCGGAUUUUGGACAACGUUGAUGGAUGGGUGAAGCCGGGAACGUGUACCGCCCUGAUGGGCGUGUCGGGUGCCGGCAAAACCACGCUGCUCGAUGUUCUUGCCACCAGAGUCACUAUGGGGGUUGUUACAGGCCAAAUGCUUGUGGAUGGUCAGCCCCGCGAUCAAUCAUUUCAGCGAAAAACAGGCUAUGUUCAACAGCAAGAUCUUCAUUUGCCUACAUCAACCGUCCGAGAGGCCUUGGAAUUUAGCGCCGUCCUACGCCAGCCAGCAUCAGUCAGCCAUGAGGAAAAGAUCGCCUAUGUGGAUGAAGUAAUCAAUCUUCUAGGCAUGAGCGCUUACGCGGAUGCUGUGGUUGGCGUUCCUGGCGAAGGACUCAAUGUGGAACAACGCAAACGUUUGACAAUUGGCGUUGAGCUUGCAGCUAAGCCUCAACUAUUACUCUUCCUGGACGAGCCCACCAGUGGAUUGGAUAGCCAAACAUCAUGCAAUUCUCUGCACGAUUCAUCAGCCCUCCGCAAUGCUCUUUCAACGUUUCGAUCGAUUGUUGUUUUUGGCGAGGGUGGUAAAACCAUAUACUUUGGCGAAAUUGGUGAAAAUUCAAAGACAUUGUCCGAUUAUUUCGAACGAAACGGCGCACAUCAUUUAUCUCCUGGCGAAAACCCUGCAGAAUGGAUGCUAGAAGUAAUUGGUGCUGCCCCUGGUUCCCACAGUGAGAUUGAAUGGCCAAAGGUCUGGCGAGAGAGCUCUGAGUAUGGCAAGGUCAAAGAACAUCUGGGCCAGCUAAAAGAAACACUUUCUGCUAAGCCUCAAGAAGAAUCCGGCCCUGGCUCGUACGCGGAGUUUGCCGCUCCCUUCUAUAUUCAACUCUACGAAUGUCUGGUUCGCGUCUUUGCCCAGUAUUACAGAAGUCCGACUUAUAUUUGGUCAAAGGCAGCGCUCUGUGUUUUGACCUCAUUAUAUAUCGGCUUUUUGUUUUUCCAUGCUUCAAACUCAAUUCAAGGACUGCAAAACCAGAUGUUUAGCGUGUUCAUGUUAAUGACAAUCUUCGGCAACCUGGUACAACAAAUUAUGCCAAACUUUGUCACACAGCGGUCGCUAUAUGAGGUCCGCGAGAGGCCCUCCAAGGCAUACAGCUGGAAGGCAUUCAUGGCGGCUAAUAUCAUUGUAGAGCUCCCUUGGAAUACAUUGAUGGCUGCUUUGAUAUUCUUUUGCUGGUAUUAUCCGAUUGGUUUAUACAACAACGCACCCGAAGGCACACUUCAUGAACGCGGUGCUCUGAUGUUUCUUUUUAUCUGGACCUUUCUUCUCUUCACAUCAACGUUUGCGCAUAUGGUUAUCGCAGGCAUUGAGCUUGCGGAAACCGGCGGAAAUAUUGCGACAAUGCUCUUUUCGCUGUGUCUCAUUUUCUGUGGUGUUCUCGCAACGAAAGAGGCCCUACCAGGGUUCUGGGUUUUCAUGUAUCGCAUUUCCCCAUUCACCUACCUUGUGUCAGGCAUGUUGUCGACAGCGUUGGCAGGAGCCGAUGCAAGAUGCGAAGCAGUGGAGUAUUUGAAACUUUCCCCGCCAUUCAAUCAAACCUGUGGAGAGUAUUUGAAUCCAUACAUAUCCGCUGUCAGAACGGGCUACAUCCUUAACCCCGAGGCACUAUCUGACUGUUCGCUCUGCACGAUCAGCAAGACCGAUGCCUUCCUUGCACGGAUUGGAUCUUCGUUUGAUACCGCCUGGCGUAACUUCGGACUCAUGUGGGUCUAUAUUGCGUUCAAUAUCUGCGGUGCUGUGUUCAUUUAUUGGUUGGCGCGAGUACCCAAAGGAAACAAGACCUCUGGCACUACCUAG